AUGGUUGAGAAGUAUCCUAAAUUAAGUCGUCAUCUCCGGCGGAUGUUGCGUCAGCAGAACGGCACCGUUACAGAUAAACAAUAUGGCAAUGUCCGUACAGUGCCUCACGUCUGCUGGGAGAUUUUUCUUACAAAGACAUUUACUGAAGAAGAAUUCGAUAAGCAGGUUCACUGCUGGACCGCACAGACUCUUGGCCACCCAAGCUGCUCACCAGGUGGCGCUAAAUGUUCCUGAAACCAAGGUGACUGCUUUAGAGAACGGACUCCGGGUGGCAUCUGAGGACUCGGGGCUCCCCACCUGCACAGUGGGCUUGUGGAUAGAUGCCGGGAGUCGCUAUGAGAACGAGAGAAAUAACGGCACAGCGCACUUUCUGGAGCACAUGGCAUUUAAGGGCACCAGGAAACGCUCUCAGCUUGAUCUGGAGUUGGAGAUCGAGAACAUGGGGGCUCACCUCAAUGCCUACACAUCCCGCGAGCAGACUGUUUACUAUGCCAAAGCUUUCUCCAAGGAUCUUCCGAGAGCUGUGGAGAUUCUGGCUGACAUCAUCCAGAACAGCAUGCUGGGAGAGGCGGAGAUCGAGAGGGAGCGAGGGGUGAUCCUUCGAGAGAUGCAGGAAGUGGAGACCAAUCUGCAAGAGGUGGUCUUUGAUUAUCUGCAUGCUACAGCGUACCAGUCCACAGCGCUGGGAAGAACCAUCCUGGGCCCCACUGAGAACAUCAAGACCAUCAACAGAGGAGACCUGGUGGAGUAUAUCACUGCUCACUAUAAAGGACCCAGAAUAGUGUUGGCUGCUGCUGGAGGUGUCUGUCAUGACGAGCUCAUUGAUUUGGCCAAGUAUCACUUUGGAAAACUUCCCAGCAGACAUCAAGGCGAAGCCCCGGCUCUUCCUCCGUGCCAUUUCACAGGAAGUGAGGUAAGGCUAACUUUAGUUUCUCACUACUGCAUAACGGGGCGUCACAUCAGCACAGAGCAGCUACUGUGUUAUUUAAAGAAUGAGAUUGAGUGUAUCAGAGUAACGCGGUUGUCUCUAAAGUGGAUGCAAAUGAAGGGUGAUGGCUCAGACAUGUCCACUAAGCUGGCUCAGAUGGCCUGUCAGGGGAACCUGUGCCAUAGCUUCCAGUCCUUCAACACCUGCUACACAGACACAGGCCUCUGGGGACUCUACAUGGUGUGUGAACCCGGCACCAUCAACGACAUGAUGCACUUUACUCAAAUGGAAUGGAUUUCUCUUUGUACCAGUGUGACGGAGAGCGAGGUAGCUCGGGCCAAGAACCUGCUCAAGACCAACAUGCUGCUGCAUCUGGACGGAUCCACCCCAAUCUGCGAGGACAUCGGCAGACAGAUGCUGUGCUACAGUCGCAGGAUCCCUCUGCAUGAGCUGGAAGCCCGCAUUGAUGCCAUCGACGCAAACACCAUAAAGGACGUGUGCACCAAAUACAUCUACAACAGAGCUCCUGCCAUCGCAGCUGUCGGUCCAAUCGAACAGCUGCCCGACUACAACCAGAUCCGCAGUGGGAUGUUCUGGAUGAGAAGCUGAGCAGGACACGCUGAGGAAGUGGACAAAUGCAAAAUUUAAGUCGUGUCACGUUAUUUU